AUGGACCUCAAAAAAAUACAAGCACCAUGGAAUGUCAACACAUCAGCACUUAUAUUUUUAUACAAUGCAUUAAAGGAUCAAACAUACAUGAAAAACACAUGGAAGCUUACACCAAAAUGGCGUUUGGAAUUAAUAGAAAAUUCUUUGGUGGCAGCA